GCGCUGUGGGCUCGCGGGGGCCGCUGCGGCACGAGCGAGCGCCGUCUUCCUAGUGCGCAUGCUCGCCCCCGCUGCGGACUGGCUUUUUUUUUUCUUCCCGGGCGGCCCGGCGGCUGCGUACUGGCUGUGGGAUGGGAAGUGAAGCCCCAGCGAGCGGCUGCAGCGGGGCUGUAAGGAGCAGCCAGGGGGAGGCGGCGGCGAAGGUGGCGGCGAGUCGGUGAGCAACUGGGAAGAGCAGAGCCGGGGCUGAGCACCUGCAGGCGCGGGCGGCGGCCCCACCAUGGCGAUUCGCAAGAAGAGCACCAAGAGCCCCCCAGUGCUGAGCCACGAAUUCGUCCUGCAGAAUCACGCGGACAUCGUCUCCUGUGUGGCGAUGGUCUUCCUGCUGGGGCUCAUGUUUGAGAUAACAGCAAAAGCGUCUAUCAUUUUUGUUACUCUUCAGUACAAUGUUACCCUCCCCACAACAGAAGAACAAGCUACUGAAUCAGCGUCCCUUUAUUACUAUGGUAUCAAAGAUUUGGCUACAGUUUUCUUCUACAUGCUAGUGGCGAUAAUUAUUCAUGCCAUAAUUCAAGAGUAUGUGUUGGAUAAAAUUAACAGGCGAAUGCACUUCUCCAAAACGAAACAUAGCAAGUUUAAUGAAUCUGGUCAGCUUAGUGCAUUCUACCUUUUUGCUUGUGUUUGGGGAACAUUCAUUCUAAUCUCUGAAAACUACAUCGCAGACCCAACUAUCUUAUGGAGGGCUUAUCCCCAUAACCUGAUGACAUUUCAAAUGAAGUUUUUCUACAUAUCACAGCUGGCUUACUGGCUUCAUGCUUUUCCUGAACUCUACUUCCAGAAAACCAAAAAAGAAGAUAUUCCUCGUCAGCUUGUCUACAUUGGUCUUUACCUCUUCCACAUUGCUGGAGCUUACCUUUUGAACUUGAAUCACCUAGGACUUGUUCUUCUGGUGCUGCAUUAUUUCGUUGAAUUUCUUUUCCACAUUUCCCGCCUCUUUUAUUUUAGCAAUGAGAAGUAUCAGAAAGGAUUUUCUCUGUGGGCAGUUCUUUUUGUUUUGGGAAGACUUCUGACUUUAAUUCUUUCAGUACUGACUGUUGGUUUUGGCCUUGCAAGAGCAGAGAAUCAGAAGCUGGAUUUCAGUACUGGAAACUUCAAUGUGUUGGCUGUUAGAAUCGCUGUUCUGGCAUCCAUUUGCAUUACUCAAGCGUUCAUGAUGUGGAAGUUCAUUAAUUUUCAGCUUCGGAGGUGGAGAGAACAUUCUGCUUUUCAGGCACCAGCUGUGAAGAAGAAACCAACAGUAACUAAAGGCAGAUCUUCCAGAAAAGGAACAGAAAAUGGUGUAAAUGGAACAUUAACUUCAAAUGUAGCAGACUCUCCCCGGAAUAGAAAAGAGAAAUCUUCAUAAUGAAUUAUAAACUAAUUGAUUAAUGUCCCCAAAGAAAUCUGCUUUCUACUAUAUCUUUCAGCAUUAGAGAUUUUUCUGUUCUUGAAAAUACAGUUUGUGCUCUUUGAUUUUUGCUAUUGUAUUGUUUCAUGCAUUUUUUUAAAGGGCAUUUGAGGGAGAGGAUGAUUGCUAUAACUGAAAAAAAAAAUUUUAGCUUAGACUAAGCUACCUGCCUUCAAAAUAGUUUAGGGACCACCACCACAUUUUAUUUUGUUUUUAUUUUUGAACAUUUUUCUAAUGAUUUGGAGACAAAACUAUUUAAAAAACUACCACAUAUCAGUGAUACAAUUUCUUGCUGUCACCAAUUUUUUAUAAUAGCAGAGUGGCCUGUUCUAAGAAGGCCAUAUUUUUUAAGUUAUCUUUCAGGGUAAAACGGAAAUACUAUAAAGUUGGAUGUCAAACUUUAAUAUGCUGGAUGUCAAACUUUAAUAUGUCAGAUGUCAAACUUUAAUAUGCUGGAUGUCAAACUUUAAUAUGUUUUCAGUGUUCUCUAAUUUUUAGGAAUUUUUGUAGCCUUUACACCUGGAAAAAAAGAUUUGUAACAUCACCAAAACAAUUGUGUGCUUUAUUUUAUAGGUAGUGGUUAUUAGUAUUACAUCCCCAUUUUUAAAACAAAAACAUACUAAUGGUUGCAACAUGUGGAGUUUUAUUGACAUACAUAUUAAAUCAAAGUGUAUUCUUAACAUAAAAGUACUUGUGAAGUAAAAUCUUUCUUGUGCGUUUUCAAUACUUGUAAACUGGAAAUCAAAAUAUUUACUAUGAACAGGAAAAUCUGACUUAUAUAGCCCUUUUUGGUAUGUUUAUUAAUAAUGAUUCUUAAUGGGGCUCAUAAGUUUAAUAUGCACAGCAUCUUAGAAAAGUUUAACCUGCAAACCCUUUCAAAACAUAAUGCCUACUUGAUUUUUAACUAUAAAAAGAAUGUCAGGUAAUUAUAUUUGGAAAACAUUUAAUGCACUCACUUUAAAGAAAUUGAAAAUUCAGGUGGAUAGUCUUACAAAAGACAAUGUGCUUUAUGUUAUACCUAUAGCUUUGGUCCCAUCUUUAAUUGAGAAACAUUUAUCUGUAUAAAACAUAUUUUUGGAUAAAUAUAUAUAUAUAUAUAUAUAUAUUUGUAUCUCUACAGAAAGUCUCUAAAAAGCAUUUGAGUAAAAUAUUUGGUUCCCUUUUCUAUAAUUAUCCUUUAAGAUCAUUAUAGCUACAUUUGAUUUAUUCACUGUAUUUACAGUAUAUAUAUUGUUCCUUUCAGUGUUCACAUCUUUUUCCCCAUUUCUCACUCUGUCACCAGCUGUUUGUGCCAUUUUUAGUGUAAAAGUUGCAGACCUAUUAGAUCUGCAGUUUAAGUUGCCAUGCUGCUAGGAAGUUGUCCUUUUUCUUUCCAGCUGUUUACCUACUUCCUGGAAAAUGUAGUAGCUCUCUGUAGCAUUAUGGAGUUUCAGUGGAACCAAAUUUUUGCCAUUAAAAACUGGCAUUAUAUUGAACUAUACCUUGAGAAAUCAAUCAAAAUAAAAAUUUUUACUUUCA